AUGGUCAAAAGGAAGCAGCUCAAGGAUGGCGAUGUCGAGAUGGCGGGCACCGAUCCCACCGUCGGGGAAGAAGACAGCGACGAGGAUAUCGACAUGGUGAAUGUGGAAUUUGAAUGGUUCGACCCUCAAGAGGUUGAUUUCCACGGCCUCAAGAACCUUCUUCGACAGCUUUUCGAUGCCGAUUCUCAGAUCUUCGACAUGUCCGCUUUGGCGGACUUGAUAUUGUCGCAGCCGUUGCUGGGUUCGACGGUCAAGGUCGACGGUAAUGAAUCGGAUCCGUAUGCCUUUUUGACCGUUUUGAACCUUCAAGAGCACAAGGAUAAACCCAUCAUCCAAGAAUUGACCACCUACCUCCAGCGCAAGGCCUCGUCCGACGCCUCCCUCUCUCCCUUGUCGACUCUCCUCUCUCAGACCCCCAUCCCUCCUAUCGGUUUGAUCCUUACCGAACGAUUGAUCAACAUGCCGUCCGAAAUCGUCCCCCCGAUGUACAACAUGCUCAUGGAGGAAAUCGCCUGGGCGCUUGAAGACAAGGAACCGUACAACUUUUCACACUACCUGAUCGUGUCCAAGAACUACGAAGAAGUCGAGUCGAAAUUGGACCAGGAGGAUGCGCGCCCCCAGAAGAAAAAGAAGAAGUCUGGCGACAAGGUCGAGCGGUUUUACUUCCACCCUGAAGAUGAGGUGCUGGAGCGGCAUACAGUGUGCUCGGGAGCGUUUGAAUACACGCACAAGCAUGACGACGGCCAUUCCGACUCGAAACGAGCUUUCCAGGAGCUGGGUAUCAAGACCGGUGGAAGUUUGAUGUUGAUUGAGGCUCCCAAGUUUGAGUCCGCUGUGAAAGAUCUUACUUCAUACCUCCAGCCUUCUGUAUAA